ACCGCUCCGAGCGAAACAGAGCAAAAGAGUUUUAAAUGUCCGCCAUGUUGUCCAUGGCGCACUGAACCAACGAUAGGGAGCGGAGCGUCGGAAAAAAACAGUCCGAGAGAGAGCGACCAAGAUCCGGGCCUUCCCCCGGCUCCGUUGGCGACGCCCUAAAUACAAGCUACAACCAUUCGAACGUUAGAAUAGAGAUAACCGCACAGAAACAUCCAUGAAAGCUCCACUCGGUACCGUUUUGAAUAUUAGGAGAUCCGAUAGAUUUAUAUUGCAUCUCGAAUUGUGAAAAAUGAGUAAAUUGUCGUUUCGGGCACGGGCGUUGGACGCUUCCAAGCCACUACCCGUCUUCCGUUGUGAGGAUUUACCCGACCUACACGAAUAUGCAUCCAUUAACCGGGCCGUGCCGCAGAUGCCUACGGGGAUGGAGAAAGAAGAGGAAUCGGAACACCAUCUUCAGCGGGCCAUCUCGGCGCAGCAGGUGUAUGGCGAGAAGCGGGACAACAUGGUCAUCCCGGUCCCCGAGGCAGAGAGCAACAUCACCUACUACGAAUCCCUCUACCCUGGGGAGUUCAAGAUGCCAAAGCAGCUAAUUCACAUACAGCCUUUCAGCUUGGACACAGAGCAGCCCGACUACGACCUGGACUCGGAAGACGAUGCGUUUGUCAACAAGCUGAAAAAGAAGAUGGAGAUCAGCUUCCUCCAAUUUGAGGAGAUGAUUGACCGGCUGGAGAAAGGCAGUGGACAGCAGGUUGGCACCGUUAGUGUCUUUAUCUGUGAUCAGGAUAGCGGGGCUUCUGCUUGUCAGAGCAUCCACACGAGAGUGGAUUUAUCGGCUCAAAGCACUAAUAAUGUGCUGUUCAUAAGGUUUACAUCUUAUGAUAGCUUAUAUGUUGCAUUCCAUUUUUUUCCCUCGAACACUCAGAACCGUAAGAAUGACGAGGCGUCCUACGAGAAGAUGCUGAAGCUCCGCAGGGAUCUGAGCCGAGCCGUCACCAUCCUGGAGAUGAUCAAAAGGAGGGAGAAGAGCAAGAGAGAGCUGCUGCACCUCACACUGGAGAUCUUUGAGAAGAGAAACGUCAUGUCAGACUAUGGUGGUGAGGUGAUGGCAGAGGUGUUGGCUGAGCGGGCGCUGGUGAGGCCGCAGAUCAUUCCCCUGGUCCCGGUCACCAACCAGUACCGACACCAGGACCACCUGGACCCCAAGGACUACAAGUCCAAGCCUGAGAAGACCGAAGUUCCCCGACAGAAGAGGAAGUAUGAGAAGAAGCAGAAGGCAUUGCCUCUGUCGUCGGGUGCCCCCCACCAUCCGGGUCCCGUUGUCUUCAAUGCCAAGGACCUCAACCAGUAUGACUUCCCCAGCUCGGAUGACGAGCCCUUCUCCCAGCUGCACUCAGGCUCAUCGGAAGCAGAGGAGGAGAACGACCCAGAUGGUGCCUACGCCUUUCGCAGAAAGGCAGGCUGUCAGUACUACGCUGCUCGUCAGGACCGUGUGGGUAGCUGGCCAUGGUGCGGACCCUGGGACGGUGGUUUAGCAGAAGCUCGCUUUCGCUACAGUCUCACCACGCUCACCGUGCCGCGGCGCUGCCUCGGCAUGGCUCGACGACGCGUGGGACGAGGCGGCAGGGUGCUACUGGACAGGGCACACACGGACUAUGACAACGUUUUCCACGGACUGGAUCCCGAAAUGCUCAACCUGCCUCUCCCCUCCUCUUCUUCUCCUCCUCCUACAACUACUUCACGCUCGCCGGCCACCGACAAGUUUGCCAGUACCUCAGAAACAAAUACCUCGGACAGAAGUUCCUCCUCCUUCAACUCCUCCCUUUCCUCUACAUCUCCCUCUUCCACGGACCUCAGUCAGAUACUGUUGAAUAUAAAGUUGUGCCGGUGGAGGCACUUUAGACCACGGACACUACCACUACAUGAACUGGACCACGCCCACCCGCUAUUCAGGAAGUUGAGUCGAAGCCUGAAGCGGCCCGUCUCCACCUCCACAGCUGGGGGACAGCCCUUUGGCUUUCAGCGCCCGCUGAGGGUUGUCCCCGCACCCGCACCCACUGCUGCUUUCACAGCUGAACAGUACCAGCAGCAUCAGGAGCAGCUGGCCCUGAUGCAGAAACAGCAGCUGGAGCAGAUCCAGCUGCAACAGCAAGCCAACAGCACCGCCACUACAAACAGCACAAAGUUUUCUUCCCCCUCCCUCCCCUCCCCCACUCAGACCCUGGCGAAUACGUUGGACCAGGCCAGCGCCCAGUUCGCCGCCUCGGCCCUGGUCACCGCUGAUAAACUGCUGGCUCUAAAAACCAAGGAGGAGCUGGCCCUGGGAGGCGGAGUCAACGGCGUCCUCUCCCCCUCAGGUGUCUACAAGGGCUUGCACCUCUCGAGCACAGCGUCCCCUUCCCCCGCUGCCCCGGCUCCACCCACCUCUACCCCGACCCCCGCCUUGCUCCACCCCUGCACCACCACCAGCUCCACCUUGGCCACCAGUAACAACAACGGCACCGCCCACCCUGCCAACACCCCCACCACCACCACUACCGCCGCCGCCACUCAGGUCCUGCUGGGAAACAACAGCCUCCGUCUGGGCGUCCCCCCCGGCAAGCGUGUCCACGCCCCCCGGACGCUGAGCGCCGCCAUGUCAACAUCUGCCUUAAAGCUCGCCCAUGCGGCCGCCGCAACCGCCAACUGUCAGAAACCCAAGGUCACUACGGCAACGGCCUCGGCGCUGGACAUAGUGCCCAGGGAGAACCACGAACAAGACAAGCCAGCACUGAACAGUCUAUCAGAGAACACAGUGGCCAUGGAGGUUACGUAGCCUCCCAUCGGCAGCACGGCCCCCAGCGUUCAAACUCCUUUUUGAUGUUUUUUUUUUUUUUUUUAAGGUGCUAUGCAUCAUUCGUUAGUGGUGAAAGCAAAUUGGUGGCGGAAUGAGCACGGCAAGGCUGGGUUUCCAUGGCAACUGUUUUGGGACUUAAUUGCAAUGCUCGUCUCGUACAAUUCUUUUUCUCUCCCCUCAUUUCCCUAUUUGUUACUGUUAAUAAGAGAUCAUCUGUAAAUUCUUAAUAUGGCAAUUAUAUGUACAGUACUGCAUAUUUGUAAUACCUCCCCCCACCCCCACCCCACCCUGUUCAUGUAUAUAACAUUACUUGAAUACAGAAUUGUUCAUUUGUGAUGUUUUGCACUCGAGAUACUAAAAAAAAGAAAAAAAAAUCAAAUUAAAAAGAGAAAAGGACAAACUGCAACUGGUGCGAGUAUGAGGUGUGAAAGUUGUACCACAGAAAACUGUGUCAUUACAUGCAUGGUGCGGAACCUGCUGUUUGAUCUAUUUAUUGUGCAGUGUUUACACAGGGUUUUAUUUUUUCGGUCAUGUUUUUUAAUUUUUUUUAACACUGUACGUGUCACCGGUUCCCCGUGCUGUAGUCCGUGUUUAGCUAGAAUGGAAAAAAAAAAACGUCAUUUUUUGGGGGGAUGUUGUGAACAUGGCCGGGAGCUAGCCCGUUUUUGUUAGGCGUUCUUCCACCAUGUUCCCAUGUGUCCUGUUGAAUCCACGGAGACGUGCAUUCAUCCAGAGUGAGGCGCGGGGCAGUAGGAGGAGACGGGUGGGAGUUUGUCAGGCAUCAGUUUGUCAGUUUCCACAAAACUCUUCCAUACAUAUAAUAUUCCUGAGACAAGUAACAAAACAAUGGGGAUGAUGACUCUUUCCCAGAAGACUUUGCUGCUUCUGACUUAUCUAAGCACUAUAUAAUUUGUCUGUUGAUUGAUGCUGCUUUUGUAUGAUUUUUGGCCUCUGGUUCGCACCAGGUGGUCUUAUUUACUUUUUCUUUAAAGGAUUAUUCCCCCACCUCCCCUUAUCAUUUUUCAAAAUAAAUAUUUUUGUAUCUCCCACUUUUUAAUUCUCCUCACAAAAAACAUUCUUUUGUUACUUGUUGAUCUAAAAAUAAAAUCCUAUAAGGGAAGGGUGUAAAAAACAAAAGCAGUAUCUGACAUUUAUUAUCAUUCCAGCUUCUACAUUUAAAAAAUAAAAAUAAAGAAGACAUGUAUUAAUUGAAAACAAAGAAGAAAAACGUUUUUCUCUACUUUUAAAAACUCUCCAGAAGGCUGAAAGGCCAUGAACCACAAGUUAUCGGGUGCCUUCAUUUGGGAAAAAACAAUUAAAAAAAAAACUAUAUUAAAAAAAAAAAGAAAAAUUGCUCUCUUCUGUGAAGAGUUUGGUACUGAACAAGGCUACUUGUAGUUUUUCUUUGUCUGUACCACAAUCUCAAUGCCCAUUCCAGUGGCCCAGUUAAUUCAUGAGUUUUUGUUUUUGUAGACCCUAUACACACACCCCUCUAAGAAUCCUCUUGAAUUGUCACAAAAUGAAAUAAAAAUCCAGGGCAUUAUGUGUUUUGACCA